CUCCGGCCCCGACUCUCCGCCCGGGCUGCUCUCGGCGUCGCCCACCCGCCCCGCUGGAAGAUGGCGCUGAGCGGCCAGAGUUUGGCAGAGCUAGAAGUUCUUUGUAAACAGCUCUACGAGGGGACAGACUUAGCACAGCGAAUACAAGCAGAAAAGGUGCUAUUGGAGCUUAUUAAUAGUCCCGAAUGUCUUAGCCAAUGCCAGCUUUUACUGGAACAAGGAACAACCUCUUAUGCGCAACUGUUAGCAGCAACAUGCCUCUCAAAACUUGUGUGCAAAACACCUCCUUUACCUGUUCAGCAAAGGAUGGACAUCAGUACAGGAAACUACAUAUUAAACUAUGUUGCAUCUCGACCAAAACUGGCCCUUUUUGUGAUCCAAGCUCUUGUUCAAGUAAUUGCUAAGAUCACAAAGUUGGGUUGGUUUGAUGUUCAGAAAGACCAGCUCAUCUUUAGAGACAUUAUUGCUGAUGUUAAAAAGUUUUUGCAGGGGACUGUGGACCACUGCAUAAUAGGAGUAAUGAUUCUUUCAGAACUGACUCAGGAAAUGAAUUUUGUUGAUUAUUCUAGACCUUCAUCAAAGCAUCGUAAAAUAGCUACCUCAUUUCGUGAUACUACUUUAAAAGACAUUUUGAUGCUGGCAUGCUCGCUGUUGAAAGAGAUGUUGGCAAAACCAUUGAAUCUUCAGGAUCAGCAACAACAAAAUCUAGCAAUGCACCUUUUGAAACUUGUCCUCAAUUGUCUUAACUAUGACUUCAUUGGCAGUUCAGCGGAUGAAUCUGCAGAUGAUCUGUGCACCGUACAGAUCCCAACAAACUGGAGAUCAAUCUUCCUGGAGCCAGAAACCUUGGAUCUCUUUUUUGAUCUGUAUCAUUCCCUCCCAUCAAUGCUGUCUCAGUUAGCACUUUCUUGUUUAGUUCAGUUUGCUUCUACAAGGAGAUCCUUAUUUAGCAACCCAGAACGUGCCAAAUAUCUUGGUAACCUGAUCAAAGGAGUAAAAAGAAUACUUGAAAAUCCUCAGGGUUUAUCGGAUCCUGGUAACUAUCAUGAAUUCUGUCGAUUUUUGGCUCGACUGAAGACUAAUUAUCAACUGGGAGAAUUAGUAGUUGUGAAAGAUUACCCAGAAGUUAUUAGAUUGAUAGCCAGUUUCACUAUUACUAGUUUACAGCAUUGGGAAUUCGCACCAAACAGCGUUCAUUAUUUGCUAACCCUUUGGCAGAGAAUGGUUGCCUCGGUGCCUUUUGUGAAAUCAUCAGAACCCCAUCUCUUGGAUACAUAUGCACCUGAGAUCACAAAGGCAUAUAUUACUUCUAGAUUGGAAUCUGUCCCCAUGGUUAUAAGAGAUGGUUUGGAUGAUCCCUUGGAUGAUACAGCCACAGUUUUUCAGCAGCUGGAGCAACUGUGUACAGUUAGCAGAUGUGAAUACGAAAAGACUUGCGCUCUUCUUGUACAGCUAUUUGACCAAAAUGCACAAAGCUAUCAGAAGCUGUUGCAGUCUUCUAGUAGAAAUCCCUUGGCGAUCUCAAUUCAGGAAGGAUGCUUGGCAUGGCUUGUAUAUCUUGUUGGAACUGUUGUAGGCGGAAGAUUAACUUAUACCAGUACUGAUGAACAUGAUGCUAUGGAUGGUGAAUUAUCUUGUCGAGUCUUUCAGCUAAUUUCUUUGAUGGAUGCCCAGUUACAACGCUCUAGCAAUGAGAAGGUAGAACUUGCUAUACUCUGGUUUUUGGAUCAGUUCCGUAAAACCUACGUAGGAGAUCAGCUCCAGCGCACCUCAAAGGUUUAUGCUCGAAUGUCAGAAGUUUUGGGAAUAACAGAUGACAACCAAGUUCUAGAAACAUUUAUGACAAAAAUUGUUACAAAUCUUAAAUACUGGGGGCGAUGUGAGCCUGUGAUUUCAAGAACUCUUCAGUUUCUAAAUGACCUUUCAGUUGGUUAUAUUCUCCUAAAAAAGCUUGUGAAAAUUGAUGCUGUGAAGUUCAUGCUGCAGAAUCAUACGAGUAAACACUUCCCUUUCUUGGGUGUAAAUGAUAAUUAUGGUUUGAGUGACCUUAGGUGCAGAACCAGAUUCUAUACUGCACUCACACGCCUUCUCAUGGUAGAUCUAGGUGAAGAUGAAGACGAAUUUGAAAACUUCAUGCUUCCCCUGACAGUUUCGUUUGAAACUUUAGCUCAGAUAUUUAACAAUAGUUUUAAACAAGAUGAAGCAAAGCGUAUGUUGAUCGGACUGGCGAGAGAUCUUCGAGGGAUUGCCUUUGCUCUGAACACAAAGACCAGCUACACCAUGCUGUUUGACUGGAUAUACCCAUCAUAUCUCCCUAUUCUUCAAAGAGCUAUUGAGCUGUGGUAUCGUGAGCCAGCAUGUACUACUCCUAUUCUGAAGCUCAUGGCUGAGAUGAUGCAAAACAGAUCACAGCGUUUAAAUUUUGAUGUGUCUUCUCCUAAUGGAAUUCUCCUCUUCAGGGAGGCCAGUAAGAUGAUUUGCACUUACGGUAAUCAGAUCCUCUCCCUUGGGACUCUGUCGAAAGAUCAAGUUUAUCCAUUGAAACUCAAGGGUAUUUCCAUCUGUUAUUCUGCACUCAAAUCUGCCUUGUGUGGAAAUUAUGUCAGCUUUGGCGUCUUCAAGUUGUAUGGGGACAACCACUUUGACAAUGUACUUCAGGCCUUUGUCAAAAUGCUGCUCUCAGUAUCCCACAGUGACUUGCUACAAUAUCGAAAACUAAGCCAGUCUUAUUAUCCACUCUUGGAAUGUCUCACCCAGGACCACAUGAGUUUUAUCACCAGUUUAGAGCCUCAUGUACUAAUGUAUAUAUUUACUUCAAUAUCUGAAGGACUUACUGCACUGGAUACGAUUGUCUCCUCCAGCUGCUGCGCAAGUUUAGACUACAUUGUCACCUACCUCUAUAAGCACAUAGCAAAAGAAGGCAAGAAACCUCUGAGAUGUAGAGAGACUUCCCAAGACGGGCAAAGAUUAUUGCACUUCAUGCAGCAGAACUCAGAGGUAUUGCAGCAGAUGAUGUCAAUUCUCAUGAACACCAUAAUUUUCGAGGACUGCAGAAACCAGUGGUCAGUCUCGAGACCCCUCUUGGGCCUUAUACUUCUCAAUGAGAAAUACUUCAGUGAAUUAAGAGCCAGCUUGAUAAACAGUCAGCCUGCCAACAAACAAGAAGUCCUUCAUCAGUGCUUCAGCAACCUAAUGGAAGGAGUGGAACAAAGCCUUCUGGUAAAGAACAGAGACAGAUUCACACAGAAUAUGUCCGUCUUCCGCAGAGACAUGGCUGAAACCCUGCGCUGCGAGGGGGCAUCAGAAUCGAGCAGUUCAGAAAUGAUGAGUUGAUGCUGAACUUGGAAAGUGUUUAAUAAUGAACAGACUCUGAAGGUUGGGGAACCACAAUGUUGUUAGAUAGGGUUUGACUUUAAUAGAAAAUAUUUUUUUAAAUAACUUCUGCCUUUUUUGUAUCUCUGGCAUAAAUGUAAGGAUUUGUAACACUGGAAACAAUGUAAAAUCACACUUGGCAUUAAGAACCAUUUCAAACUUCCGUACCCAAACUCUUAUCCCCUUUCACAAUUAAAUGGUGCAGAAACAAGAUUUAACCAAAGAACAAAAUAAAAUGUGUAUUUUCUUUCUGAAAUUGCAUUGCUGAGAAAUUUCAGUUCCGCGAUUAGACCAAUAUCAGAGAGUUUUAAAAAAACAGCGAUGUCAUAUCUAUUUCUCUCAUAGCUUCAUCUAAACUAUCUGAGUAACAAAAAGCAUAAUUUGUAAACAAUAUGGCUCUAUGUAGAUAUGUAGAUUUUUUUAAAAAAAGCUUUAUGUCUUAAGUGCACUGUUGACGAGCAGAAGUUUGGCAGAAUGCAAAUUAACAAUUCCGGAUUAAAGUAAGAAAAUGGUACUUUUUGAAGCUUACAGGUGAUGAUACAUUCUUUAAUUGAGUAUGAAUAAAUGUUCGUUUCACACUCA